AUGGCGGUCGUAGAGUAUGAAGUGCGGGGGCGCGUGGCAUAUAUCACGCUCAACAGGCCGGACAAGCUGAAUGCGAUCGAUGUGGAGAUGCGGGAUAUGCUAUGGCAGAGGCUGCACGAGGUGAACGACAAUCCGGAGAUAUGGAUGGCGGUCAUCACGGGGAACGGGCGGGCGUUCUCGGUCGGGCAUGACCUUGUGGCGAUGUCGGGACGGAGCGAUGCGCUGUAUGACCCGGAGAUUUCGACCGAGGACCUGUAUGUAUAUCAGUCGGAGAUAUUCAAGCCGAUAAUCUCCGCGAUAAAUGGCUUCUGCCUGGCGCAGGGUGGCGGCAUCGCGCUUGCGUCGGACAUAAGGAUAGCGUCGGACCAGGCGCAGUUCGGGUGGCCGCAGGCGAAGCGCGGCAUCGGCUCGGUGAGCGGGCCGUGCAUGCUGGCGCAGCUGUGCCUCUUAACUUCGCGCUGGAGUUUCUGUUCACGGGGGACAUGA